AUGAAGAUCUCGGGCUUUACUUCAGUAGCGCUGGGCCUGGCUGCCUUUGCGGAAGCCUCGUAUGUCAACUAUACCACAGUACCUGGAUAUUUCUUGCAGGAUGAGGCGACAACCGAUCCAUCCACCUUUGACUUCACAACCACCAACUUCGGCCUGAUCAAUCGCACAUACCCAACCGACAAAGGACAUGGCGAUAAGAACAACCACCGUACCCAGUGGGAGCGGUUCUACCACCAAGUAGUCGAAUUGAACCGUCGAUCACCUCCCAAUGUCAAUUACAAGAUCUUAUUCCUAGGCCGCCACGGCGAAGGUUGGCACAACGCAGCUGAAUCAUACUACGGCACGCCUGCCUGGAACUGCUACUGGUCCCUCCUGGACGGAAACGGCACUGCCACCUGGCGCGAUGCCGAGCUCACAGACGCCGGCGUCGAGCAGGCCCAAAUCGCCCACGAUUUCUGGCAAAAGGAGCUAGACACGCAACACAUUCACCCACCGGACAGCUACUUCGUCAGCCCCCUAACACGCACCCUUCGCACAGCAAAUAUCACCUUCUCUGGCCUCCGUCUCCCACACGGAAGCACGCCCUUCCGCCCUCUGAUCAAAGAGUAUCUCCGGGAAGGAAUCAGCAUCCACACAUGCGAUCAACGUCGCAACCGCACAUACAUCCACGACCUAUUCCCCACAUGGCCCAUCGAACGCGGCUUCACAGAGAAAGACGAGCUCUGGAACGGCGUAACAGCCGAAACCAGCGCCGCGCAGGACCUCCGCAGUGAAUCUGCCUAG